AGCUCGGACCAUAUCACUUAUAUGCACUGUUUGUGUACUGGAGGUAGGACAGCAAGCUGGGAGACUUAGGUGAAGAGAGCUGGAUAUUGGAAAUAGACCUGCAUUGUUUCAAUAUAUCCCUGCUGAUAUCUAGGAGAGGAUUUAGUGCACUAUAUGUGUGUGGAUUCAAUGAUGCUGUAAUAUAUAACAUAUAUUUGGUGAAAGGCUUUUGUCUUGUUAGUUGUAUGUUACGUACUGUGUAUGUAAACGGUUUUAUUUUUGUGAUCGUUAGAUAUUAGAUAACCGAUUUGCCUAAUACCUAAUUUCACAACAAGGGGUCAGUGCAGUCUUCCCUUUAAAUCAGAACUGAGUAAAAGCUCCUUCAGACACCCUGUACCAAAGCUUGAUUCAUAAGACCCUAGUUACAUCCAGGAAUUAAAUUUAAAUUGCAAAAUAUCUUACAGCUAAAAUAGAUGAAUAUUUUGACAUUUUAAAACGGGCAAAAGCAAUAGGUAAUUAAAAACAUGUGGACAAGAUGUGUAGUGUUGUCACAUUUAUAAAAAAUGAUUCACUCUUACUGUAGUCGUUCUAUUGCAAAUGGCCAAUGAGUUAUAAUUUAAGUAGUUAUUAAUUGAUGUUUGAUAAUAAAUUGUAAAUUGUCUAAUUGCGUUAUCCUGCAGAAAAUAUUGUUUUCCCAGUGAGAAAUGCUUGCCACUACUCUUAAUACCAUCCCUCCUUUUGCUGGGGUGUACACUGGUGACCUUGACUGAGCUCAGAUAAGUCAAUAUUCACAUCUGUAUCAUAGAGAGAAAAAACUGGUCACCUCCAUGCAAAAUAAUGAAAAUGUUAAGAUUUUAUUAGCCUUUUAAAUGGUUGACAGAUUCAUGACAAUGAUAACCUACUCCAACGACAAAAUGCUUCACACUGGCUUGUGUAUUUUCAAAUGUUUCAAAUCAUUAAGGUGGUAUUACAAUUCCACUUUUAUUGAAAAACGACUAUAAUUUUCAAAUAAAAUUAGAUUUCCCUCUCUAUAUUUAUUGUUCUAUUUUGGUGCAAAAAAACUAUGACAUGAAGAUCGAGACCACUGAUAUUAAAAUAUUUUCUCAACAUAAACAAAUGAAUAAUGCAUACACUAAGUUUCCUUAUAAUGGCCCUUUAUUUUAUUUACAUCCAUAGCUAAAAUGGUAGAUACCUAUAGUGAUUAUGGCUAUAGCCGUUACAAAGUAACAUGUAUAGAAAUGUGACAAUGUUGCAAAGCCUUUGUAACGUGCAUGAUAUGAUCGCCUUAAGAGAAUUGGGCGGGCUUACGUUUUUUUAACCAAUGAAUUCCCUUCUUCGUUUUAAAUAGUUCUCUGUGUCAAUCAGUUUUUUCCCCAGUCAGCCUCCCCUCAAUCGCCAUAUUGGGUACUGAAAAGGUUUGUCUGUUAUUUCUUCUCUCUUACUACGAGAAUAAAUUGACAGGAGUGGCUUCAGUUACUGCACAUUGUUUUGAUGAUCUGACUACUUUAGCUCGCAUUGCCAUAUUGGAAAUUACCGUUUCUAUCCAGACCUAUGCAUGGCAUAAAAGUGUUGAUCAUUCGUUUUACGCUUGUUUUGGAUCGCGGUGAGAAAGGAGGAAAUACGAAUUUUUAAGUGUUCUAUUUGGACGUUAAUUGAUUCUCCGAAAAUGUCAGAUGUUCGACUUUCAAAUGGGAGCCCGACGUUGGAAAGGACGGAUGCUCGGUUGGCGGAUCACCCCAAACCGUCAGCCUGCAGAAUAAUUUUCGGCUCGCCGGAUCGCGAAGAGUUAAGGCGGGAUUUAAAGGGACAUUUGCAAGAGAUGGAAGCGGCGGCCUCAGCGAAGUGGAACUUCGAUUUUUCAAGCCACACACCUCUAUCGAACGGGAGAUUCAAAUGGGAAUUAAUGGAUUGUAAAGACAUUCCAAAUUUCUACACCAGAACGCAACGAUCAGUGAAAGACGUUUGCCCCUCUGGGAAUAACACUAUGGAUCUAAAUGGGAAUCAUAGUUGUGUGAUGGUGACUCCACGGCAGCCCUCCGACAACACGGAGAGGUCAGAGAGCCAAAUGGAGAGUAAAGAGCAGUGCACCGGGCGGAGAAAAAGACCAGCCUGCCAUGAAUACCCCUCGUCCCAAAAUAAAAGGUCACACAGUAGUUCGAAUGAAGUUACUCCUUGCCCAGGCUUAGAAUACACACCCAGGAAAGCCAGUCCCAGGACUCAAACGUGAAGAUGACAAAGAGCUGAAAAUGUAUUUCCCCUUUUUGUCAUGGAAACCUAAGUGUUCGGUGAUUUUGAAGAGGAACUACAAAGAAAAGGAAACAUAUCAAUUCUCCCUAAGGAUGGGGACGCUGUGCAAGCACUGAAUAUAAACACUAAAGUUCUGGCACUCAUAAAGUUACUGCCUCUAAAAGCAGUCGAUGUAGCAGUGUGCAAUUAGGUUUUAUUUCCUUUUUUGCUCUUUUUUUUCUUUUCUUUUUUUAACUACCUGUGUAUAUAUUUAUUUUCAUAUGUAGCACAUAAAACAUAUUAUGAUUGGGGAGGGGAAAAAAACGAUGUAAAAGGCAUGAAUUUGACUUGAAGAAUUGCGGUGUAGUUUUGUUUCCUAAAUGCUGUUUAUAAAUCCUGAUCCAUUUAAAAAAUGAUUGGAUUAAAUAAUUGUUCCUCAUCGAAGUAUCCUCAUAGGUCAUCUGUAUGUAGGGAGAGAUUGAUGGUACAUAAUGUGUAGCCUUGUAUUUUGGGUCAUUUAAGUGUCACACAACGUGGGUUCUCAGCCACCCCACGAAAACAAUGCCUCAAAUAAUGAUACAUUUCUGUUAUGACUAAAAAAGUAAUAUGUGAAGUCAGCCAAUAUUUAUUGUAUUUUGUUGAAGAUCUGUAGUCCUAUGUCGGUCACUUAAAUUCUGGAAUCUUUUUUUUUUUUAAAUUUUUUUACAAGUCUUCCUCUUCACCAUUUAAAAAACAAAGUGUAGCUAAUUUAUUUUUCUGAAGUGGUAUAGGGUACUAAUUUGCUGAAGGAUAAAAUAUCUGUUAACUGUACUGGUAGUAUUAAUCAACUUCAUACUCGUGUUUAACGGUUCUUAAUAUUUUUUUAAACAAUUAGGCCUUUUUAUGUUUGAAAUGUCCUACAAUACCAAAUACAUGGUUGCUUCAAUACGUCUGUCGACGCUUUCACCAUCAGGUUGCCUUGGCAUUGUACUCCUGUUUGAUACAGAAAGAUAAUUUAAUUUGUUAAUCUCCCCCUUCUCCCAGACAUUGUUAGUGCAGAUCAUGCAAAUGUAGUUUCUAAAAUAACUUUAAUUUCGCCCAGUUUCAAUCAGCCUUUGUUCAGAGGCUAAGAAUUGUCUCAAAGUAGUCACUGCCCGUGUAAAUCUAUUAAGUGUACAUAACUUUGUAAAAACACUGAGAAAUUAUACUAACUUAUUUAUGUCAAGCUUUUUUAUGUAGAAUAAAAUGGGGUUUUGAUCAAGGUUAUCCAAAGUGGCAUUUACAUAUAUUUUUUUGUAAGCAUAUUUUUGGUAGUUUUUAUUUUAUCGAAAAAGGUUGCAACCUGAGCCUGAUUUAAAAUAUUUUAUGUGCAUUUUUCAAUGUGUGAUUAAGAUGUCUUGCAAUCAAUUAAAACAGAAGAUAAAUCGUUAUGUGAUUUGUUGGUCAUGUUUGCACUGUUGAAAGGAACCUCUUCAGCCUGCACACGGUCACACUCUUUCUCUCAGCAAGUAUACAGCAUAACGAUUUUAAUGUAUUUCGAUUCAGCUAAUACAUAAUCCAUAUCCGUGGCCUUCAUAACUUGAUGUUUCAUACUAUAAAUUGCACAGAACCUGCAUGUGCUCUCAUGGGGCGGGAGGAAUCGUAUAUGAGGUAUGUUCCUAUAUAGCCCACUGGUGAAUCACAAGUAAAAAUGCCUCUCAGGACUCCAGGCAAAACGGCCUUAAAUUUCAGUUUAAUAGAUUGAUGAGAUUGUCAUACCUCGGUUCUCUUCAUACCCACUGCUUUUAGGUUGGGAGUUUAUACAUUAUCAUCCUGGAAUAAAAGCAUGAAGAGAUUUAACUUUAAAAACAGUUAUUGUAGUUCUAGUGCUUUUCACAGCAGUUAGGAGUAGAUACAGUAUUUCAGUAAUUGAUGUCAUUUUUUUUAUAUCAAUGUGGUGUAUCCUCUUCGGCUCGCGGACAAACUGGAACUAACCCGUGCGCAUUCGGUACCAUUUGGCACAUUACGCAUGUUUCAAGCUUGAAGUAGCACGUAAUAGGGUCCGGUAAAUACAAACGAUGUUAUUGCUUCUAUGGUUGCAAAAUCAGUCCAUUUUAAAAUAGUUUAGCCUGUGUUAAUCCACUAUAGCACUGUUGACCAAAUAUGCCGCCGUCUACGCAGUGGCACUCCCAAUAUGAUGAAAUCGUGAAGUAUUUUGAAAAAUGCCUGGUGAUUGACGUUUGGCUCCUCCAAUCCGGUUAUGUCUAAGUAAAGCACACCACUGUUGCAGCCAGUUACAUUUGUCUUAUGGAAGGUUUGAACUGCAAUUGUUUCUAGCGGUGAAAAAAAACUCCCCACAGGUCCACAGUUGAAAUUAUAUAAGGUUAGUCACUGCAUGAAUGUUGUUAUAUUUGGUCACAGAGAAUGCGCUAGUGUAGCCUACAUCCAACAAAUACUGUAAUUGCAUGCAUAUAGAUGAUUUAACUGUAGUUUGAAUUAAUUAUAGAAAAAAGGAUGUAGAAAUAUAUCCCUGAUACUGUAAUGAGCAUUUUUAAUAAAACAACUCUAU